AUGAGCGGCUGCGAAAAGACCGGAGGAAAAGCCAGAGUCAAGGUAAAGACCUACUCCUCCCAUGCUGGGCUCCAGUUCCCAGUUGGCCGUGUUCACAGGCUCCUGCGCAAAGGAAACGCCCCUAUCUACCUGGCAGCUGUGCUGGAGUAUCUGACCACUGAGAUCCUGGAUUUGACUGGAAACGCUGCCCGCGACAACAAGAAGACCUGUAUCAUCCCCCGUCACCUGCAGCUGGCUGUCCGCAACAACGAGGAGCUCAACUGGUGGUCAACCAGCUCAACUGGUGUGAUGAUGCGUUGCACUGACAGGAGAUGCCUGGUACGUGCUGUUGAUCAUGAAUAG